ACCAGUCUUACACAACACCAAACUGGUGUGUAUAAAUACCAGCUGCAUGGAGCUCUGCAGCGAUUUCUGACCAAGGAGUACAGCAAAGUGAGUCAGUCAGGAGGAAAGACUGUAAACAACCAGAGAUGGAGCUUCUGAAAAUCACCCUCCUUUUUGUUCUUGUGGUGAUAAUUUCUGCAAAACCAACGCCUCCUGAUGCCGACAUUCCUGACGAGGACCAAAGUCAAGAGACGACUUCCGGGACUGAAACGUCGUCUUCCAGCACCGGUUCCAAAGACUCCAAAGAAUCUACAGAGAGUAACUCCUUAGAGGAGUCGAACUCCUCCGAGGAAGGUCCCGACGUCCUCACCGGUCCACCCACAGUGGUCAUGACAACAGUCGCCAUGACAACCACCACCUCAGGAGACGGGAGCACCAUGACCCCGGAGCCGGGCACGGCGGGCACCAGCGGGCCGACGGCGAUGGUGAUCGACACGACGGUGGAAACGGGAACCGCCCCUGACGUCACCACGCCGUGUAACACCACCUUGUGUUUUACUGAGAAGGUUCCAACUCCAGCUCCAGUGACACAGAACCGAGGAGACAUGUAGGAGACGUCCACCAACGUCCCGCCGGCCGUGGGACAGUUCUGACUAAUUAGAACUUCAUCAGAUUUUCUCAGUAUGUCUUUGUUUUCUUUAGAAAUGUGUUAAAAUAAACGUAAGAAGUGAAACAAAGAGUGUUUGAGCUUGAGUGCUUCUGACCGGCCAUGUUGCACAUGCAUGUUCUUAUGUUUUACAUGCAUGUUCUCAUGUUUUACAUGCAUGUUCUCAUGUUGCACAUGCAUGUUCUCAUGUUGCUCAUGCAUGUUCUCAUGUUGCACAUGCAUGUUCUCAUGUUGCACAUGCAUGUUCUCAUGUUGCACAUGCAUGUUCUCAUGUUGCACAUGCAUGUUCUCAUGUUUUACAUGCAUGUUCUCAUGCUGCACAUGCAUGUUCUCAUGUUGCACAUGCAUGUUCUAAUGUUUUACAUGCAUGUUCUCAUGUUGCACAUGCAUGUUCUCAUGUUGCACAUGCAUGUUCUAAUGUUUUACAUGCAUGUUCUCAUGUUGCACAUGCAUGUUCUCAUGUUGCACAUGCAUGUUCUCAUGUUGCACAUGCAUGUUCUCAUGUUGCACAUGCAUGUUCUCAUGUUGCACAUGCAUGUUCUAAUGUUUUACAUGCAUGUUCUCAUGUUGCACAUGCAUGUUCUCAUGUUGCACAUGCAUGUUCUCAUGUUGCACAUGCAUGUUCUCAUGUUGCACAUGCAUGUUCUAAUGUUUUACAUGCAUGUUCUCAUGUUGCACAUGCAUGUUCUCAUGUUGUACAUGCAUGUUCUCAUGUUUUACAUGCAUGUUCUCAUGUUGCACAUGCAUGUUCUCAUGUUUUACAUGCAUGUUUUCAUGUUGCACAUGCAUGUUCUCAUGUUUUACAUGCAUGUUCUAAUGUUGUACAUGCAUGUUCUCAUGUUUUACAUGCAUGUUCUCAUGUUGCACAUGCAUGUUCUCAUGUUGCACAUGCAUGUUCUAAUGUUGUACAUGCAUGUUCUCAUGUUGCACAUGCAUGUUCUCAUGUUGCACAUGCAUGUUCUCAUGUUUUACAUGCAUGUUCUCAUGUUGUACAUGCAUGUUCUCAUGUUGUACAUGCAUGUUCUCAUGUUACUGAUGCUGUUCUCAUGUUUUACAAGCAUGUUCUCAUGUUUUACAUGCAUGUUCUCAUGUUGCACAUGCAUGUUCUCAUGUUGUACAUGCAUGUUCUCAUGUUGCACAUGCAUGUUCUCAUGUUUUACAUGCAUGUUCUCAUGUUACUGAUGCUGUUCUCAUGUUUUACAAGCAUGUUCUCAUGUUUUACAUGCAUGUUCUCAUGUUUUACAUGCAUGUUUUUGUGUUACUAACGCGUGUUCUCGUGUGACCUUUUAACCUGCAGAGCCUCAGACUGUAACAGAGCAGCUCUUAUGUACAAACCCAAGUCUUCACACUCAGAUUAAAGUUGGUUUAGCUUCAAUAAACAAUGUCUUACAACCGUGAUGAAAAUCAGUAAA